AUCAACUCGCAAUAAUAUCUACAUGUGUCGAUAUUUUGUUUAAGGAGUUCCGUAAGCCGAUGUUGUAAUCAAUUAUCUAAACAUCGAAGGUGUAUAGCGUCGCAAAUUUGAGGAAAAUAGACGAAAAUUCUUUUCUCAGUUGGGGGUCACAAGUGUGUCGAAAAUCUGAAUUGAGACAAAAGUUUCCAUGCUCGGGUCAAUUCGGUUCAUAAAUACCAACUUUUCUCAAAAGAAGAGUCCAGGAACUCACCAGUUUGACUUUAGCCGAAGAUGUGAUCUGGUCCUACCAGCCUCAUCUCUGAAACUGUCAGAAUGGCUUCGGGUCCCAGUUCGCUUUUAGCAGCUGCACCAGGAAACUGCUGGGUAGCAACUGCAUGAUGUGUAUGGGUGUGCCUGCACUCAACUACGCCUAUAUGAACAUGAUGAGGAAUCCCAAUAGUGCUCUUGCUCAUUUAGCGGAAAAUCAGGUCAAUCCUAACCUGGAAACUCAGAUCAGAAACCACAUUGGUGAGAACUCGCUGAUCAGUGUCUUGCAUACUCCGGAUGGAAAGGUGUUUCGUUGUAACUUGUGUGCCAAGUCGUUCACAGUGUGGACUGAACUCGAAAUACACUUACGAACUCACGCUGGUGAAAGUACGGCUACGACUGGUCACAUGACCCAAGUGUUCAACGAGGAAGGGGAGACAACUUUCGGUUGUAAUCUCUGUGAGAAGAAAUUCAAAGUGUGGGGUCACCUGCAAGCUCAUAUUCGCAGUCAUACGAAUGUCAACAAGGACAAAGGGCAUGUAAACCUGCAGAAUCAUGUCAAUAUUCAGAAUCAGAAUCAGAAUCCCAAUCAAAACCCUGAAAUGCAAAACCUAGAGCUCAGGGACAAUGUUCAGAAGUCUCAGAAUGAACCAAAGAUGAAUAUUAACCAAGCUAACCUUUCUAACGGUGAAAACAUUUUGCAAAAGUUGUCAAUUUUCAUGUGUAAUGUGUGUACAAAAACAUUCAAAACACGAGAACAGUUGCAGGAGCACGGGAAACAGCACAAUCACAACCUGGAUGGAAGGAAAGAAGGUACUUGUAUGAACAUAGGCACUGAUCCAAUGGACAUUUCUUUUGACUGUAAUCUUUGUGCGAGAACGUUUUCUGCUCGAGAGUUGUUUCAGGACCACAUGAAGAGUCAUGUGAAUGACCGUGCUGCCCUCUACAUGAUGUACACGCCAGACAAGGAGUGUCCCUACAAAUGUAAUUUCUGUGGGGAGACAUUUAAGGUGAUGAUGAACUUGCAGAACCAUAUCAAAACGCACAUGCUAAAUACAAACAUAAACACAACGAAGAUCAAGACCGAGAAGCAGUUUAAAUGCACAGAAUGCAAGAAGUCGUACGACGUCUGGGGCCAUCUUCAGGCCCACAUGAAGAAACACACCGGAGAGAGCAAAAGUGCUGCUCAGCUUGUUGAAGGUCAGAUUCCGUUUCAAGUGUGAAGUAUGUGAGAAAAUCUUUUCUGCCAAAGCUCAUUUAAUGGGGCACAUGAAGAGUCAUGGAGAUCCGGCUGUUUGUGACAUUUGUGGGAAGGAAUUCAUGUCCCAGAAUCAUCUUCAGCGACACAGGAUUAUCCACACAGGGGAACGGCCUCAUAAGUGUGAUAUCUGUGGAAUGAAAUUCAUUCGCAAGGAACACCUGAAGAGACAUGUGAUGACGCACUUGGCAGACAAGUCAGUCAUGUGCGGAUGUGACAUGUGCGGCAAGUUUUUUAGCCGUCCGGAGCAUUUGCGUCGGCAUUAUCGUAUGCACACUGGUGAAAGGCCUUUCAAAUGUGACCUUUGUGAGAAAGAAUAUUCUCGUAAGGAUCGCCUCCAACACCACAUGAGAAGCCAUGAGAAGGAAGUCCGUGAUGUGCUGAUGAACAGUGCAUUCAAUAUGAAUGAGAUGGUGGGUCAGACAAUGAAACGGUCAUCAUCAGGUGGUGAGGGACAAACUAGCUCCAACUCCAGUAUCUCCAGCCAGUCCUCCAAUGGUGAUGUCAGCCAACAACAACUGCAACAACAACAGCAACAGCAACAGCAACAGCAACAACAACAGCAACAACAACAACAACAGCAACAGCAACAGCAACAACCUUCUCAGUCUUACCCUCAAGUCUCUAGUGCUCAGCAGUUCUCUCACUCCCCCGAUAUGAGCCUCAGUCAAGCUUCCAUGUCAUCCAACAACCAGAAUCAUAAUCACAACAACGGCAACAACGGUGAAGCCCCAUCCCAUGCAGAGCUUGCUGCUGCCUGCAGCAGUCCUGCCCUUGCCCAGGCACCCAUCAUCACAGCUGAACAAGCUGUUCGCCUGUCACAGAGCAUCAAUGUGCCCAACUGCAGUCAGGCCCAGAUGAUGAACAACGCCAUCAAGAUUCCGUUAGUGUGCUCUUCCCGGCAACCAUCAUUGCGCCAGCGAUUGCUCUACAGACCAUUGGUCAAGGUCUGCACAUGCCUGGUCAGAACAUUGGACUUGCUGGUCUGCAGGACCGCCAGCACAUGAUGCAUGGACACUCGAUGGAUGGGAGCUUGGGUCAAGGUCAGAUGCUGAACAUGCUAAGACAGACUCAUACCCCUGUUAGCCAUUAUGGGAACUCUUGUUAAGGAAACCGGUGUUGUUUAGUUAGUGGUGCACAUGA